GCCAGGUAACAGCGGGAAAUAUGCACACAUCUGCCUAUCGAUAACCUACGUGCACUUUAAAGACCUGCAGGGAUAAGACUGGGCAAAGAGACCUUGGUCCAUUAUAGAAACGACUGCAGACUUUCCACUGAAGUCUGCCAAAGAAAUUGUACUUCUCGUAAAUGAUACACUCGGGGCAACAAGUGAAACAUUUAUAUUACACCAAGCAAUGGAAUAGAGUGGGAUGUCAAAAAAUUCUACAAUCAUCACCUUCAUCUUUUGUUCCCUCAAGAAGUAUGUUUAUUCAAACCCAGGACACGCCAAACCCGAACAGCUUGAAGUUUAUCCCUGGCUGCCCGGUGCUGGAAUCAGGAACCAUGGAUUUCUCUGCGCCCCGCAGUGCCUCCUGCUCCCCGUUGGCAAGGCAGCUGUUCAGAAUUGAUGGAGUGAAGGGAGUUUUCUUUGGGCCUGACUUCAUCACCGUCACCAAGGCAGGUGACAACGUGCAGUGGAAGCUCCUCAAACCAGAUGUGUAUGCCACCAUCAUGGAUUUCUUUGCAUCGGGUCUUCCUGUGGUGACAGAUGAAGCUCCGUCUUCUGAUACAGCUCCUUCAGAGGAAGAUGAUGAAGUUGUAGCCAUAAUUAAAGAAUUGCUGGACACCAGAAUUCGGCCCACUGUUCAAGAGGACGGGGGUGACGUGAUUUACAAAGGGUUUGAGGAUGGUAUUGUGAAGCUGAUGUUGCAGGGUUCCUGCACCAACUGCCCCAGCUCCCUCGUGACAUUGAAGAGUGGAAUUGAAAACAUGCUGCAGUUCUAUGUCCCAGAGGUGGAAGGUGUUGUACAGGUUGCAGAUGAAGAAAAUGAAACUGAAGUUUUGUGAACUGUUCCUAAGUCCAGACACUUGCCUGAUAAUCUGAUCACAAUAUGCCGAUCUAGAGGCUGCCGGCUGUCUUUGUGCACCUUCACCAAUGUGUUACAAAACUAUUGUAAUAUAUUUUGCAAUAAAUAAUUUUAAGCUUG